AUGGAGUCUUCUAAUAACCAACCAGUGCCGAGGUUAACGACUUCAGACUUGAGAGAUAUAAUAAAUAAUAUACAAAAAAGUUGGCAAACCUCUAACAAUAACAGUCUUAUCCCUCCUGAAUCUCAACUAUCACCCGAAAUUCAACAAUGGAUCAAAAAAACAGUACCCACCCUAAUAUCAUUAGCGAAAACAGAUGAAAAUUUUAACUUCCCAAUAAAUGAAGGCUUUAACGACUUGAUCAGAAGGUUUUUACAAUUACCUACUAUAAGAAGGGAAUUGAUUUCCGUUCAUCCUUAUUUUAUUGCUCUUCUUCGAUUUCCAGCAAUUGAUGCCUCGUUUUAUCAUCGAAUACUCGAUCCAAACUAUUUAAAAAUUAAUUGGGAUGCCACAGAAUUUGUCUUGAAAAGAAGUUUCAUUAUUCCUGAAGGUGGUGAAUACCGAAAUCAAGUCAAAGGGACACCCCUACCUACUGGUGGCAGAAUCCGGCCACCUGCUUCAAUACAAGCACAAAAUGAUAUGUUUGUUCAAAUCAUGAAUAGCGCCACUAAUGGCAAUGGUAACAUGAAUGGUCAGAAUUGGCCAAAUAGACCUGCCCCACCACCAGUUACCCCAGCUGUCCCGGUUCCAACGGUUAACGGAGUUCAAAACAUUCAGAAUGUUGCCAAUCUCCAAAAUGAUCCAAAUAAUGGAUCCUUGGUUAAAUUACCACUUUCCACUCAAUUGUUCUCUGAAGGUAUCCCAGCUCAUUCACGGCUUACAAAAUUUUUCUUCCCAGAUGCAUUACCUGAUGAUUUAACUGUCGAUAGUGUCGAACAGGAAAUGAGUGUCGAGGAAUUCAAAUUGUGUUUUGCCAGUAGUUGCAAAUAUUAUCGAUGGGGGGUAUAUAGAACACCCAAUUUCGUCUAUUUAGAUUGUACAAUAGGUAAACUACAUUUUACACCAGAAUUUCCAAAUGAAAAUUUAAAUUCAGGAUGUCCAGCACAAAUCAAAUUAAAAGUCGAAAACAAUAGAAUAAAAAUGACAUAUUUGUUUCAUCAUAAUCAUUCAUUUUUGAAAUGUGAAAAAGAUAAUGUUCCUACUUUAAAAAAAGAUCCUGUGCGAGCUUGGUUAAUUGAACAAGCAUUACAAGGGAAAGAUUGGGCAUGGGUCAAAGCCAAUAAAGAAGGUAUUAAUAUUGCUGGAGAUGUUGAAGACAUUGAUUUAAGUAAAAGAAUCAAUCGAAAACUUUAUUUUCAAAUUUGUCGUUUACUUGGAGCGGAAACACCACCUGAUGAACCCGAUGAAUCAGAAGAGAGUGCCCCAGAAUCUGUGUCGCCAUCAACUACAGCAAACGAUCAACGUGAAAGUGGCUAUAUGUUUGAUGAUGAAACUCAUGGUUUAGUUCAAAAUAAUAGUUAUGAUUUCCCAACUAACGAUUUUCAUCAUGGAUUAAGUGAAUCAUCCCCAGCUAAUUUUGAUAUUCCAAAUUUUGGUCAAUCGGAUGAUGAUGAUGAAGGAGAAGGAGCAGAGACUGAGGCAAACAACAGAAGAGCUUUAAAAGCAGAAUGUGAAGGAAUUUUAAAGUAUGUUGAAUCAACCAUGGAAAGUGCAUUCGAAAUGUUGCCCGUGCAAAGGUUACACGACUUGAAGGAAUUUAUGAAAAAUACAGCAAAGCAAAUGGAACAAGAGUUUCUGUCGAACCAUUCAACGUGA